CACACACGAAAGAACAGAAGAAAAGCCCAUUUAACUAACUUACUAGCAAAUUAAAUACACAAAAUUGGAAGAUCAAAACAGAGGUAAUUGAGAAUGGGAAUGGGUAGAUUCUUAUUAUUGUUAUGGUCGUCCACUAUGGCAGUGGGCGUUAGUUGCUGCUUGCUGCUGGCGAUGAGUGGAGCUGCUGCUGCUGCUUCCAUACCAAAAUGCAUCGAUGGGGAGAGAGAAGUGCUCCUCAAGUUCAAGAACACCGUUCUUGACAAGUUGGACAGGCUAAGCUCUUGGGGCAACCACACUGAAGAUUGCUGCCGUGAUUGGGAGGGGGUUGGAUGUGAUCAAGCUACUGGCAAUGUCAUCCACAUCCAUCUUUCUGAUAUGUCUCUGUCCGCGAAAGGUGGUGGUGGGAAGUAUAGCACCAGCCUUUCAUUCUUUGAGCUCCGCUAUUUGAAGCAUUUGGAACUUAGCUAUAACCCCGACUUGCUGACAAACCAAAGCAUCUCAUCAUUGAUUGGGAACAACACCGUGGUUUACCUUCAAUACCUAAAUCUUACUCAAACUGGAAUUGUUGGAACCAUUCCUGGAAAUCUUGGAAACACCAUGCCUGCCCUGAAAUACCUUGAUCUCGCUUUUAAUAGCUUAGAAGGCAACAUUCCUGACACACUCGGAAAUAUGGUUAACUUGACUUCCCUUGACCUGGAAUUGAACCGGUUGGAAGGUCGCAUUCCUGAAGCUCUAGGGAAUAUCUCUGUCCUUGAACACCUUGAUCUGGGAGCGAAUAGACUUGAAGGAGAAAUCCCCAAAUCCAUUUGGAACAUAUGCACUCUGCAAUACCUGAGCAUGGAAUCCAACCGUCUUAAUGGAAGCCUAACCACAUCGACAUUAUGCCCAAAUCACCCUCUCAGGAGACUACACUUAUACAGCAACCGAUUCACGGGGUUAUUUCCCAAUCUUACAGUUUUCCCCUCUUUGGCCAGUUUAGAUUUAUCAUAUAACCUCCUAGAUGGGGUCAUUUCUGAACAUCACUUUCUUAACCUCUCCAAACUAAGCUACCUCGACUUAUCUUCAAACAAUUUCACUUUCAAUGUCUCCUCUGCUUGGCUUCCUCCUUUCCAACUGCAAUACGUACACCUUAGCUCUUGCAAGUUGGGGCCUGAGUUUCCGUAUUGGCUUAGAACUCAAGCCAACUAUACGGAGCUUGACAUUUCCAAUAACGCCAUCUCGGAUUCAAUCCCCUCCUGGUUUUGGAAUACACCUAUUAAUGGCUUUAUGAAAAUUAAUAUUUCUAAUAACGGAAUCAAGGGAAUAAUUGCAAUUGGCGCUCAAGCAUCAAUCUGGGGUGGUAUUCUAGAUAUGAGUUCCAAUCAAUUACAAAGUGUCAUUCCACCCUCUUUCUUCAAUGUGACAGUACUGCGCCUUUCUCAGAAUAACUUCACUGACCUCAACUCUUUAUGUGACUUCAAGGCAUUUUCUCCUUUGCAGCUUUUGGAUAUCUCCUUCAAUAAACUUUCCGGAACACUUCCGGAUUGCUGGUCAAAUCUCUCUAGUCUGCAAGUCUUGAACCUGGGAAACAAUCAUAAUCUAUCAGGAACUCUUCCAGCUUCCAUAGGGUCAUUGGCUUCCCUGAAGGCAUUGCAUCUUGAGCAUAACAAAUUUACAGGCCCUCUACCUUCAUCCAUGAAAAACUGCUCAACCUUGGUAUCUUUACAUCUCGGAGACAACAAUUUCUUCGGACCAAUACCAGAUUGGGUGGGCGAAAGUCUAACACAACUUGCGAUACUUGUGCUAAGAUCCAACAACUUCAAUGCAAGUGUACCAGCAAGUCUGUGCCAUCUCCAGUCUCUUCAGCUGUUGGACCUAUCCAUGAACCACAUCUCAGGGACUCUUCCCAACUGUCUUUCUAAUCUCACCCAAAUGAUGAUUGUACCAGGAGGUGAUGACAUUGCCACCAUUACGUAUGAGUUAACAUACUAUUUCAACGGUUCACACAGAGCAGCAAUCUCUAUAAAUGACAUAAUAGAUGUUAGGUGGAAAGGUGUUGUCUCUGAAUUUGAAAGUCUGUUAAGAUAUGUAAAGAGCAUUGAUCUAUCAUCCAACAUGUUGGAUGGUGAUAUUCCAACUGAAAUCACAUCUCUUGUUGGGUUGGUCGCGUUGAACUUAUCACAAAACAAUCUAAGCGGACAGAUUCCUUCGAGGAUUGGUAACUUGGCAGGCUUAAAUACUCUUGAUUUGUCUACUAACCGUUUGUCUGGUAGCAUACCUCAAAGCCUUGCCCUGAUUCAUGGCAUAGGGGAUCUCAAUGUGUCCAACAAUAACUUAUCCGGAAAAAUUCCUAAAGGCACUCAACUUCAGAGCUUUAAUCCUACUAUCUACAUGGGGAAUCCCGCGCUAUGUGGAGAUCCACUCCCCAACAGCUGUCCAGGAGAAGAAUCAACUCGUCCUACUCCUUCUCGAUUCAGUGAAGAGGGAGCUUCUAAUAGAGAAGAAGAGGAUAGAUUUAUUUGCUGUGAGUUUUAUGCAAGCAUAUGGGUCGGAUAUGCGGUUGGAUUUUUAGGAGUUCUUGGGAUAAUGCUAUUCAACAGGUCCUGUAGGUUUGCAUUUCUCAAAGGCCUUGAAAGCUUUCCUAAUUGGACUUAUGCUGCGGUCACAAUGCACAAGGCCAGGUUCCUGAGAUCACUUGGUGGUUAGAAGGCCAGUGUAAAAUGUAAAUACCCUUCAUAUUGGGAAGCUGAUAAGCAGGGGCCGAUGCAGCAUCACCAGUCAAGAAUGGUGCAGAAACUGCCCUUGCCAAAUGGGCCAUGAUCUGUCAAACCAGGGUUACCUGAUUUCCGAUGGAGCACUGGUUUAGAACUUUGGAUAGUUACAUGUUAUGCAGAAAAAUUUGGAAUUACAGGAGUCUUUUUCGUGGGGAUCUCAUAUAUAUAGCCAGUAAAGUUUAUUUUUCGUUUCUAUCUCCAUGAGUCUUUUUCGCUGCUUAAGAUAUUUGUGAUCUGUUAAACUAAGAAUAAUGGAAUUAGUAUAAACUCCUUAAAUAUUCUGAUAUCAUUUACUAAUUUGUAAAGCUGUUAAGAUUAGAUAGAAAAUUAAUCGUUUUAAUGGUUCUGCUAGGGUCUGGACAUGUCUACUACUACGACGUCCUCAAAUUUUAAAGUUUAGUGCUCUAUGUAUGUUAGCAUGUGUUCUCAGACAAUGAUGAUAUGAAGAUAGUCCAUAUAUAUGUUCCAUAUUUUUAAUUGGUAUGAACAAAAUUUUUAUAUUUGUUGAGCUUUCAAAAUAUUGCUUACACAUAGUUGAUUACAUUACUCAUUUAAGCAAUGUUUAUAUUUUAGUCAUUCUUAGCUUUCCUAAUUUCACCAAAUCACAAGUGAAGAAGUGAUACCAAAUACCAAUUUUCUGUAUAACAAGAACUUUGUCUCAAUUAUCUCUUCAUGGUGCAAGAAGAAGAGGGGGAAAGGAUGGAAGGAAAAAUCUGCAUGGUACAACUAUCUUAUACGGAGUAGUAUAUAUUGAAGUAAGUUUUUAAGCUAGGGGAGUAGGGAGCUUAGCUGCUAUUGAAAAUAUAUAUUUCUGAUCAACUGCUUUUUUAGAUACUUUGUGGUUCCAGGAUCCAGGCAUAACCUUUUCCAAUCUUCACCUUAUUCCUAAUUUAGGUGGAUCUGUAUUUGCAUUUGCAGAUAUCAUAGCUUUUAGUCAAAUUUAGAUUGCCCUGCAUUUUCAUUCAAAAAAAUUGCACUCUGCAUGUUGACUUAUUCCAUUCAUCCGGCCAGACAGUCAGUCACAUAAACCCUGCCAUUAAUGUCUUAACAUUACCAUUAAAGUCUUUAUGAUCGCUAAACCUCCACCACUAUUUUGGCAGUAACUAAGAUUCCUCAGUCAGUUUAUUCAUAUAUUGAGUCUAAAAAUUGCGAACUUCUUCUGGGGUAGUAAGGAUGGGCAACAUAAAUAUCAUUGGGCUAGCUUGGAUUUUUUAUGCAAGCCUAAGGAGCUAGGUGGCAUUGGGCUCAGAUCCUUUGAUGAUAUCCAACAAACUUUCUCCCUCAAGCUAUGGUGGAAUUUUAAGCAAUGCAAAUCCCUUGCUAUGUGGGAUUUGGAGGAGACAGACUCUCAAGUUUGGAGAAGCAUAUGUGGGAUAACGCAGAAGCAGAGGGACUAGUCUCUAGACAUACAGGUAGAACCGCAGUGGGUUUCCUACUCUGUGAUCACAAGGGAGAUUUUAUUUCUGCUGCUUUCAUGAUGUUAUGCUAGGGAAAGAGAGGAAGGUUUUAAUGAUCUCAGGCAAAGAGCCUUAAUGAUGUUCUGUAUGCAUGGUCGUUGCUCUAAAGGUGUUCUUAUCCUAGAGAGCUUAUGCAAAACAGUCUUGAGACUAAACUCUAUUUUCCAAAGUUGAAUCCUUACCAUUUUCGAUGAAAGCUUGCAAAUCUAAC